GUGUAUAUGUAUAAAUUGGGGGUAUUAAUAAAGCGUGUGAGGGAGAGAUCCUCAGAUCCAUAGUUUGAACUUUGAAAUUGAAAUUGGUCUCUGGCGAGCAUCCGGCAAGUGGCAACAAAUGGUUAAUUUCCACUCUCAGGCAAGUAUUUCCAUCCUCCGUCCGACCUACUUCUCCUUCUGGCCCGACUUCCUUCAUUCGUCACUCGCGAACUCGCCAUCGCUAUUUCUUCUCUCUCCCCAUUGCCUGCUUUCUCUGUUUUCGGCUCUGUUAUCUGGUAUUCUCUGCAAUUUAGGGUUCGGGGGGUGGAGGGUGUAGGGGUGUCCCUAAAAGUACAGAUCGUUGGCUAGAACUAGAAGCGGAGAAGCCCCUCCACUACUCUUCCUUCCGAGUUUUUUUUUUUUUUUUUGCUAGGGUUUAGUGUUUUCUGUUUCCUUCUGGGUUGUUCAGUUCAAUUUGAGGGUUUUGGGUGUUGGGAUCGGAGCUUGAUAGGGAUUGAUCUCGUUCGUGGUCUGGGUUAUGCUUGUAUUCUAUUGUCUUCGUUCUAAACUUCCGGUUUUUUGCUUUGCUUUGCUUUUUGAUUUUCAAUUUUGGUAAAAAAAAAGGGGUGUAGCAGCAAGAGACACGCAUAAUCGAUAGGAGGGCGUGUUGGCUAGGGCUCGUGGUGUGGUGGUGAGAUGGAAGGAAGGAGGAUAUCGGCGAGUCCUCGGCCAGGAUGUGGCAGGCGGGUUUUGGCUAAGAAACGGCCUCGCGUGGACGGAUUUGUCAACAGCGUCAAGAAGCUUCAGAGGCGAGAGAUUUGUUCGAAGCGUGACCGCGCUUUCAGCAUGAGCAAUGCCCAAGAAAGAUUCCGCAACAUGCGCCUUAUGGAGGAGUAUGAUACCCAUGAUCCCAAAGGACACUGUUCGCUUGUACUACCUUUUUUAAUGAAGAGAACUAAAGUAAUUGAGAUUGUUGCUGCGCGUGACAUUGUCUUUGCCCUUGCACAUUCAGGAGUUUGUGCUGCAUUUAGUAGAGAGACAAAUGAGAGGAUAUGUUUCUUGAAUGUGAAUCAUGAUGAAGUAAUUCGGAGUUUGUUUUAUAACAAGAACAAUGAUUCACUUAUCACUGUGUCAGUUUAUGCUUCAGACAACUUCAGCUCUUUGAAAUGCAGAUCCACAAGGAUUGAAUACAUACGGAGGGGCAAACCGGAUGCUGGUUUUGCACUUUUUGAAUCCGAGUCAUUGAAAUGGCCUGGCUUUGUGGAGUUUGACGACGUCAAUGGAAAGGUUCUUACUUACUCAGCCCAAGAUAGUAUAUACAAGGUUUUUGACUUGAAGAACUACACAAUGUUGUACUCUAUAUCAGAUAAAAAUGUUCAAGAAAUUAAGAUAAGUCCAGGCAUCAUGUUGCUGAUUUUUGGUAGAUCUACUAGUCAUGUUCCUCUCAAGAUCCUAUCAAUAGAAGAUGGCACUGUUCUCAAAGCCUUCAACCAUCUACUGCAUCGAAAUAAGAAGGUGGACUUCAUAGAACAAUUCAAUGAAAAGCUUCUUGUCAAGCAAGAAAAUGAGAACCUUCAGAUUCUUGAUGUUCGAAACUCUGAGCUGACUGAAGUUUGUAGAACUGAAUUCAUGACUCCAUCUGCUUUUAUAUUUCUGUACGAGAACCAAUUGUUUCUGACGUUCAGAAAUCGAACUGUUGCUGUUUGGAAUUUCCGUGGGGAGCUUGUAACUUCUUUUGAGGAUCACCUAUUAUGGCAUCCGGAUUGCAACACAAACAACAUUUAUAUAACUAGUGAUCAAGACCUUAUUAUCUCAUACUGCAAGGCUGAUUCUGAUGACCAUUGGACAGAAGGAAAUGCCGGGUCUAUCAACAUCAGCAAUAUAUUGACUGGGAAAUGCCUGGCAAAAAUAAACGCAACCAAUGGCGGUCCCAAGGUUGAUCCAUGCAGCAGCAGCAACAGUGAUGGCUGCUCAAAGAAGCAGUAUCUUUCUCCCAGGAUGAGAAACACAGUUGGGGAAGCUCUGGAAGACAUAACUGCGCUUUUCUAUGAUGAAGAGCGCAAUGAGAUCUAUACUGGCAACCGUCAAGGUCUGGUUCAUGUGUGGUCUAACUGAAGAUCAGGUAUUUUGCUGUUAUUUUGUUCCAGUUCCUGUUGAGGUGCUGCUUGAAGAUGUUGAUUCCAUAGGGCUCCUGCAGAUGGGAUAAUUUCAGUUCAUUGUACCAUUAUAUGAUUUUAAAGCCAAAUCUCUCUGAAAAUUAUGUUGUUUCUUGUAGAUGUACCAUGUGGUUGGGUUAGUCUCAUUGCCUGAUUGUCAGCAGAGUAAAUGUAACAAAGCUCUGGACCUCCUGUAGGGGUGUCCAUAAAUCAUCUUGUACACUAAUUGAAAAUUUUCUGAUUAUUUCUAAUGGUUAUUUUGUGCUGCUGUUGGAAGUUUAAA